AUGGGUGGUCUGCAUACUUCUGGUGAGGAAUGUGAUCGUGCAAAACAUGAUGGUGAAAACCAUGGUUGUGAAAACCAUGAUGGUGAAAAUCAUGAUGGUGGAAACCAUGAUGGUGAAAACCAUGAUGGUGAAAACGAUGGUUGUGAAAACCAUGAUGGUGAAAACCAUGAUGGUGAAAACCAUGAUGGUGGAAACCAUGAUGGUGAAAACUAUGAUGGUCGAAACCAUGAUGGUGAAAACCAUGAUAGUGAAAACCAUAAUGCUGAAAACCAUGAUAGUGAAAAUUAUAAUGGUGAAAAACAUGAUGGUGGAAAACAUGGUGAAGAACACGAUGGUGAAAAACGCAAAAUUCCUCAUCAGCCACAAGUUGUAAUCGAAACAAAAACCAAAACAGUUAGAUCAGCGAUAAGGAAUUCCUUAGAAGUCAGAGAAGACAAUGACCAAAACAAUGAUAAGAAAGUUGUGGAAUCAGUUCGAGCUUUAGCAGAUAGCUUUGCCAUGAGCGAAGGCAACGAAGAGGUACCAGAAAGUUCUGGACAAUUUGCAACGUGUGGUUCCACGAUUGGUCCUUACUCAGACACACUUCUUCUCGACUCAACAGUUUCUUUACCGGCUAUCAGUGAAGCAAUACCAGAUACAAGACCUCCCAAGAAAGCUUCGUCUCUUGAUGGAAAUGUAAUGGAUCAAGAAUUCAAAAAACAAUUUGCUUCCCUUUAG